GUCCUUCCUGAUGUUCGUGGAGGGAAUGAGCGGUGCUGUGUGUGAGACGAUGAACAACAGCCGGAGCUCUCCAUUAAACUCAACACGCUGAUCAGAUCACACACUGAGGAGCUCACAGCAGAGACAUGAAGAGUGUGAAGAUGUUUGCAGCUUAUGCACUGGGGUUCCUCUUGCUGUCUUCGCUUGUCUCUCAGGCGUGCAGCGCUCCGAAGGGCCGAUUCCAGCGGCGUAACUGGACUCCUCAGGCCAUGCUGUACCUCAAAGGCACACAAGGACGGCGCUUUGUGUCGGUGGACAGAAACGAGGGCGACGUCUUCGACACGCUUCACUUAGAAACACAGAAUGAAAACACAGAGAAUCUGAGUGUCUCCAAGGCGGCUACGGUGCUCCUCAACUUCCUCCAGCAAGCCAAAGACGAAGGAAUGGAUAACGGAUUAUUUUUGCAAGACGCACCAGUUUGGAAAAGAGACUACUUCUGAGAAACAUCCUAUAUAAUAGAACUGAACUGUACAGUUUUAUUUAUUUCUGUUCUUCCUGUAUUUAGUCUUGUUUAAUGUAAACUCGUAUUUAAUGAGUAUUUCAUGUACAAUACACAGAUUUUGAACUUCCUGUGUGUUUGUGGUGUUUAAUAAAACUGGAUUUGCAUCCACAGCAUCUGUAAUGCUCCGUCAUGUUUAAGGCAAGUUUCGUUUAU